AUGGGGAAGAUGAUCGACUUCAUGAUCCACCCCACUUUAGAAGUGAAUUUCAAUUUGAUCACCGCCGGGCUGAUGGUUGCGUUCGUGGUCGCGUCCUCGGCGACUUUCGCCAGAAGCCUGUUGUUGGGCAUUGCCAGCCAGCGAAUAACCAUGAGGCUUCGGUCCAACCUGUUCGAGUCGCUCAUUUCAAGAGACAUCUCGUUUUUCGACAAGAAGGGAACCGGCGAGCUGAUCAACCGGCUGUCAGCAGACACAGAGGUCAUGAGCAGGGCGUUGAUCGAAAACAUCGCGCGCGGCCUGAAGAGAAUCCUAGAAGGUGUAGGCGGAUUUGUCAUACUAAUCUACCUGUCUCCCAAGCUCGUCAUGACGAUGGCGGUCAUCGUGCCGCCCGUCUUCAUAGGCGCUCUCUACUACGGCAGGAUGGCAAGGAGUUUGGCGACCAAAGUGACCGACAAGUUCGCCACCGCAACGUCCUACGCCGAGGAACGCCUGAGUUCGAUUCGAAUUGUCAAACUCUUCAACCGAACAGAACACGAAGCCAAAGCGUACUCCGAGCACCUGAUGGAGGUGUUCAACGUCGCGAAGCGCGCAGUGCUCUACCACAGUGGAUUCGUCAGCGCGGUGGUCUUCGGAAUCAACAUGUCCACGCUGCUGAUCCUCUACCAAGGCGCAAACAUCGUAACCGCCGGAGGCAUGACGACGGGAGAAUUGGCCUCGUUCUUGAUGUACAGUAUGUACAUAGGCGCCGCGUGCUCGAGCCUGGGAAACUUGUACAGCGAGUUCGUUCGCGCGUUGGGCAGCACUCACCGAGUGUUCUCGCUGAUCCACGACGCGGAGUGCGAAAGGGCCGCGAAGAAAGCGCCUAAAAUAUUUUCCUUCAACUCUGUCGACGAACCGUCGUUCCGCGGCAAAAUCACCUUCGAAAACGUUUCUUUCUCGUAUCCGACGCGAAAACACAUCCCCGUGCUGAAAAACCUGAACCUGACCAUCACCCCAGGCACCACCACGGCCGUCGUCGGCCAGUCUGGGUGCGGGAAAAGCACCCUAGCACUGCUCUGCAUGCGGUUUUACGAGCCAGACGAGGGCAACAUCUACAUCGACCACACGCCCAUCGCCGACAUCGACCCACUCGCUCUCAGACAGUGCAUCAGCAUGGUUCACCAAGACACCAACUUGUUCUCCGGAACCAUCGCGCAAAACAUCGCGUACGGACGGCCACACGCCACUCAGGCAGAAAUCGAAGACGCUGCCAGAAAAGCGUACGUUCACGAAUUCCUGCACUCCGGGCUUACCUACGACACGCUCAUAGGCCCCCGCGGAGCCUCUCUAUCCGGCGGGCAACGACAACGCAUAGCCAUCGCAAGGGUUCUGAUCAGAAACCCCAAAAUUCUCAUACUCGACGAAGCCACGUCUCUUCUAGACGUAGAAAGUGAACACCUGGUUCAAACGGCCCUGAAGCGUCUAAUGGCUGGUCGGACCAUCCUCUGCAUCGCUCACCGCGUAUCCGUCAUAAAGAAUGCGCACCAGGUCGUCGUCUUAGACGCCGGACGCGUGGCCGAGUCUGGCACCUACCAAGAACUAAUGUCGUCAAAUGGGCAACUGAAAAAAAUAUUGCAAAACGUCUAAAAAAAAAAUGAAAAC